AUGCCUCAUGGAAACGGUACCCUUACCUGCGACAAAGGGCAAAUCCUAGGCCAAUUCGAGGUCGAUGGAGCCCAGUACAUUUUUGUCGGCAAGCUGAGUACCUUUACUCAGUCUUUCUCUGUCACCAGUGCCGAUAUCGCCUUUGAAUCAGCCGAUCAAUUACAGCUCCAACCUGAAGACUUUGAAGAAAUACCCAUUGAAAAAGAUUGUUUCCAGCUCCGACUCCGGAAUGGGGUUGCAAUCACCGGCGGGUUCGAUAUGCCAUUUACCGAAGCAGAGGUGAAAAAAGGGAAUGCUGGAGGAGUUGGAAAGUGGAUGAAGCUGUGA